GGGCGCGUGUCCCGACAUGGAUUCGAUGCCUCCGUUCAAACACAGAAAAUCCUUCGCCUCGAGGAAAAGCGAGGUGGCGGCCAUCAGGAUCAAAUUCCCUUGCAAAGUGCCGGUCAUCCUGGAGCGCUACCCCAAGGAGAAAAUGUUGCCGGCUUUAAACAGGGUUAAGUUUUUAGUUCCCCAAGAGCUCACCAUGGGCCAGUUUGUCACGAUCAUCCGGAACCGGAUGUCCAUCAGCUCGGCACAGGCCUUUUAUUUCCUGGUCAAUGGCAAUCGUAACUUGGUCAGUAUGUCGUCCACCAUGGCGGAAGUGUACGUGACGUUCAAAGACGAAGACGGAUUCCUCUACAUGUCUUAUGCCUCGCAGGAGAUGUUUGGCUGAAGAUGGGGGCCGUGGCUCUCCUGCAAGAUGGGCCCUCGCACACUCUGGUUCUUCGGGGCCUCUGUGGGGUCCUCUAGAGUUCACCCCCACCCGCUUUCUCCUCUUUGCGUUUAGGAUGGAGAGCGGAUGUCACAGACCCUUCCGCAGUUACGGGGAGCAAUGCCUGCCUCUUGGUAGGAGCGACCCAGCUGCUGCGAGCCAAGUCCCACGUUUCCUCUAAGCAUCGCCACCCCAAAAGUGAAGUAAAUUUCUCUCCUUUCUGCUCCUCUCUCCCGAGAACUCACAAUAGCACUGCAGCACGGUUUCUGUUCGGUGCCCCGAAUCCGAAGACUGGGAUCACCUUUGGGAAACUAAGAAAGGCUGUGUGGUGAUUACACGA